UGUGGAGAUCACACAGGGCCCCCGGACGUUUCACGGUCUAUUGACCCUGUGCCACCACUGCGGUUGCUUUCUUCGCUGCCACCACCCCGCUUCUCACGGGGACACACGGAGUCCAGACAGUUGUUAACAUAAAUAAUCAAUUUUAUUUUUAAAUGCAGGAAUAAGCGUAUGGUUUCGGUUUAUUUUUCUUUUGUCAGUUUCUUACACUUAGUUCCUAACAACUCCAAACUGAUUAAUCCAUCUAUCUAUCUGCCUCAACCUAACAAUUCCUCUCACUCUCUCACAAUACAACUCGACCAACCCACUGCCUAUUCCACCCUCUUCCUUCUCCAACACCCAAGCCUCAACUCCCAACUGACAAACCCCAACUCCCAACUCCCAAACCUCAACUGACUUUUCAAAACCUCCCACUCUAUCUUUUACUCCCCCCUUGCAUUCUCACUGGCCAAUCACAUCACACCCAUUUUAACCCUUUCCUUGACCCAUCCUAGGAGGCAAACGCCACAAUCAGGAAUAACUUUUGAUGGUAAGAGCUGUUCAACAAUGGAAUGGACUCCCUCAGGAGGUGAUGGGCUGUCCUUCCUUGGAGGUUUUUAAGCAGAGGUUGGAUAGCCAUCUAUCAUGGAUGCUAAAGCUGAGAUUCCUGCAUUGCAGGGGGUUGGACUAGAGCAGGCUUCCUCAACCUUAGCCCUCCAGAUGCUUUUGGCCUACAACUCCCAUGAUCCCUUGCUAGCAGGACCAGUGGUCAGGGAUGAUGGGAAUUGUAGUCUCAAAACAUCUGGAGGGCCGAGGUUGAGGAAGCCUGGACUUAGAGGACCCUUGUGGUCUUCUCCAAACCUACAAUUCUAUGCACAAUUUUAUAAACUUCUACUCUGUCUUCUUUCUUUUGUUUUCUCAUGAUGAAAAUGUCCUAAAUCCUGUAAUCAUAGCAAAAUUGCUCCAUGCCCUUGAUCGUUUUGAGUGCUCUUUUCUUAAGCUUUUUUCCAACUCUGGCAAAGGGGAUUACUGCAACGCCACUAAUUGCCUAAGAUCCCUGCAGUUUUUCGUGAGGCUCCGAAUCAGAGUAUAUUGUGUGCUUGUCACAUAGCCUAGAGCUGCAUCAAAGUUUAGCAACUGCAGCAGUUUCCGCUUGUUCAAUGGUUUUACUGUGGACUAGGGAGUGGUGGUUUGGGAUGGGGGGAGGAGGUGGGCAGGUCCUGCCUAUUGGCCAACUCAGAGGAGGAAGUGAACAGCAGCAGCUGGCAGGGUGGAGAGGGAAAGUGCCCUGCCGAGAAGACCUUUGGCAUUUAUUUUGCUAGUUUACGGGGAGGUGAGUUCGCAUGAAACAAUAACAGGGAAUGUAACUUCUGCCGAUAGCUGAGAGCUUUCUUUCAAAUUAAUGCUUUAAGUAGCUUGGCCUUCCUGUGUGAUUUCUUUCAGUUGGAAGGAAGACCUCACUGUGUUGCAUGAAUUGGACUUCCUGCCUGGUAAACGGUAGUUAUAGGGGCUGCAGUCUUGGGUAAAAUUGCAGAGAGAAAUGGAAUUUGUGCGGAGAAAAUGUUUGUGGUGAUGGAGGAGGGGAGCAUUGUCUUGGAGGGCCAGGGGGGUUGCCCCAUUUGUCGUUUUGAUCACAAAACAUUCUGUGGUUCAGUUGUCUUUUUCAGUGGCUUGGGUGAAGGAAUUGGAGGGGAUCCCCACCAAAUUUGCAGAUGACACCAAGCUGGGAAGGGGUCACCCAGGCUGCAGAGGACAGAACCGUGCUUCAAGGUGACCUUAAACAGAGAAUGGGGCCCAAACAUUUGUCCAUAGGGACAAAUGUACUGCACUUAGGCAGAAAGAACGAGCUGCACAAAUAUAAGAUGGGGGGUGGGAUCUGGCUUGCCAGUACAGUGGUACCUCGGGUUAAGAACCUAAUUUGUUCUGGAGGUCUGUUCUUAACCUGAAAGUGUUCUUAACCUGAAGCACCACUUUAGCCAAUGGGGCCUGCUGCGCCGCUGCUGCACUAUUUCUGUUCUCAUCCUGAAGCAAAGUUCUUAACCCGAGGUACUAUUUCUGGGUUAGCAGAGUCUGUAACCUGAAGCGUAUGGAACCCGAGGUACCACUGUAGUACAUUUGGACUAGAUGAGCCCUGUGGUCUUCUCCAAAUCUACAAUCCUAUGAUUCUAUCUAAAGAAUAGAAUGUGUGCAUACAAGCUCUCUUUUUGAUGGUGUCUUCCAGAAGUGGGAAUCUUUCUCAGCCUGAAACCCGCACUCCUUCUGGGCAACGUGCCAGUGGUGGGUGGGGCCUGAGGCAAAGGUGGGUGCACAGAUGGCUAGUUUAUUGUCAUAAUUAAAAGAUACAUUCCAGCUGGGCAUAUAUACUCAAGGAGGGUGUGAGGCAGGCUCAAUGAACAGGGUGUCCCGGGGUGUCUCCCCAAGGCUAGAUAGAUGGCCCCCAGAUAUAACAUUCCCCACCUCUCUGUUUGAAGGGCUUAUCUGGUCUUGCAAUGGGCUGCAAUUAUUUUCCCCAUUCAGAGUAUACCAAUUAUUUCUAAAUUUGCAUCCACACACCUGUAAAUUAGUACAUGCCCAUUUUGUACAAAAUUGUGCCUCCUUUUCGGGGGGAUGUGUAAGCGGUCAGCCUAGUCGUUGGCUCUGUUGGGUUGUUGUUGCGCAGUAUAUCACCUGAGAUAAAACUUGUAUGGGGAAUCUGGGCAGGACUGGCUGUGGCGUUCGUACCGAGCCCCCGGUCGUUUCACGGACUAUUGACCCGUACACCACUAAUCCGCUGCCACCAACCAGCUCCUCCCUGGUAAAAUCACUUCAGUCUUAGUCAGCUUUUCAAUUCAUAAAGAAGACUGUAUUUUAUUUCAGACAUAAAACAAAACUUUUACAGCAUUCCAAACGGUGUUCCUCUUUACUUUCUUAGUCUUAUGUUCCUCUCUCUAUCUCUGCUACCUCCCCCCCACACUCAAGGACCAACUGCCCUAACUGUCUCUCUAUUACCAACUGCCUUUCCCAACCAGCCAACCCACGCAAUCCAACCAACUACCCACCCACCCACAACUCCCAACGAACUCCUCCCAGAACUAGUUUUAUAGACCCACUGACUCCACCCCCCUGGGUCCUGUCUGUGCAACCUAUUUAACUAUUUCCCCUCCAGCACUCUCUCAUAUAUGUUAACAUCACACUGGCCUUAUCAAAAAUACGAAGUAGUUGCUGUAGGGAGCAGAUUCCAGAGCAACUGCGAUUCACAUCUGAGGCCAACUCAAUUUGGAGAUGCGCAACCCAGUUUCACUGAGCCCAUGACUGAAGGAGCCCAUGACUGAAGGAGACCAUGUUCCACAGACUCCCCAUCUCUUUCCUCUCCCACCAAAUAACCAAUAUCCUCCUGGCUGCCAUAGCAAUGUGUAAGCAGCCAGCCAAUUCCUUUAUGAUGUUUAGGUUGUGUACAUUACCAUACAUUGAAAGGGGACUCUAGUUUCCAGGUGCUGGGAUCUGCAGCGCCAUGAGAGGUAAACUAUAGUUUCAGUAAUCUUGGGGGGUGUGUGUGUGUGUGCUUUAACUCUAAGAUGUGUAUGCAGCCUUAGGCUGUGUACAAUGCAGCAGAGUAAAAAAUAAUUUAAAAUUAACUGUAGCAAGGUUAUCCUUCUUCUCAAUUUGGAUUGAACCUGGUUUUGCGGAGAAACCAGGCACAGUAUUUCCCUAAGAAGAAACAGGCUAGAUAUCUGAGCCAUGUGUACACCACAUCCCAAACCAGUGGGUGGGAGGGCAGAGUAAAUGUGCACAUUUAAAGUACACAGAAUGUACACAGUACAUUGCACAUUUGAAGCACAUACUUUCAGUGCCUGCGGAAGAUGUUCUUAUUUAGACAAGCCUACCCAGAUGGUUAGAAAGUCUGUAUGCGUUUCAAUUCAUUUUGCUCUAUUCUAUUGCGGUUUUAACUUUCUGCGUUAUGCAAUUAUUGAUUGCAGUGAUCAUUUUACGGCUUCGUAUUUAUUUAUUUAUUUGUAAUCUGCUUUGAGGUUUUCUAUGGUCAAGCGGCACAUCUGUUGUAAGAGAUCAAUAAAAAAAAUGCAAACCUCUCUCUACCCCACCCCCUGGCCCAACAAAUCCCGGGAACUCUAGUUUGCCUCCUGCGCUGAGCAACAAUUCCCAGCACCCAUUCAACUACAAUUCCUGGUAAUUCUUUGGCGGAAACCGUGUGCUUUCAGCUGUAGGCGUGUGGACUCUUCAAAGAGCUUAAGCCAGCCUUUCUCAACCUGUGGGUCCCCAGGUGUUGUUGAACUACAACUCCCACCACCCCUACCUAGCAAGGCCAGAGCUCAGGGAUGAUGGGAGUUGUAGUCCAACAUCUGGGGGAACCACAGGUUGAGGACCGCUGCGUGAGUGUUUCUCAAACUUGGGUCCUCAGGUGUCGUUGGACUACAACUCCCACCAUCCCUGACCACUAGUCCUACUACUUAGGGAUGAUGGGAAUUGUAGUCCAACAACAGCUAGGAACCCAAGUUUGAGAAGCACUGGAAGAGCCCAAGCCUUGCUCUCCUCCUCUCUCAGGCAAAACUUGGGAUUUAUUUUUCGCAAAGCGGGAGCUUCGGGCCUGCGGGCUUUUUCUCCUCUCGUCUCUGGAAAAGAAAAAGCACAUUUUCCUCUCUCCCUCCCUCCCUCCUCUUUCUUCGCUCUCUGCAGGGCCCCCACACCCACGCAAGGAAGUGGCGGCCACAUUUUCUCCCCCCCCCCCACUUCCCUCUCGAGCUGAGGAGAAAAGGGGAAGUCGGAGAGAGCAGAGAAGGAGGAGAGAAAAAAGCGCGGCUGCCGGUUCGCGUCGACGCCUCAGAGUCCGUGAACCAGGCUGCCGGCCGGCCGGGGCCUCCUUUUCCCGGAGCCAGGAGAGGCCAGGCUGCUUUGCGCCCGGUUCGCCUCCGGGUGCCGUCGAGGUAAGUGGCUCCCUCAAGAUGCCCGCACGACGUGGCGGCGGCGGCGGCGGCUCCUUCUCCUUCGACGGAGGGAGCUGCUGCUGCUACUGCUGCUUCUGGCGGGGCUCCAGGCCGCCCCGGCCCCGCUUCCCCGACUCCCUUCUCUCGGCGCCACCAGGAUAUUUUUGCGCCCCGGGCGAGGCAAACUCCUUCCGCCCUCUCCCCGCCUCAGUUUUUAGCGUUAUGUUUGGCCGACUUCGGUUUUCAAAAGCCUUGCAGAAGUCAAAAUAUAAAGCGAGGGCAAAAUGUCCUGAGGACGAAUCUGUAAGAAAACUGCUCCCCUCAAAGGUGCGCCCCUCGGAGAGAGAGCUGCGCCCUAGCGGGAGAACUUUUUAUUAAACUCGGUGUUUUUCCCUCCCUUUGCUUCUUCCUGAAAUCAAAGCUGCUUUUCGCGCAGCAAAGAGGAAGCAAUUGCGCUCCCCCUACCAAUCUCCCCAUUUCCAGUUUUCGUUUUUUUUUUAAAAAAGUUAGUUUCUAGCAUAUUUUCAGAAGUUGAGAUAUGCGGCAAAAUGCUGCUCUCCUUUACGGGGAGAAAUUAGCCUGCUCCUCACUUACUUUACUUUAUAGUCUCCCCUCUGAAAAAGAAAAGUCUUGUGAAUGCCCACGAGCAAGACCUGGGUUUUUUGGUGUGUGUUGGAUGCCUUUUGAUGUUUUGCGUCUAUUCCCUACAAAAUUCUGGAGAAGAGCAUCGGCUUUGCAUGCAGGAGGUUUCUUCCCCUUCCCCAUCAUCUCCAGGUGGGGCUGAGAAAUAUUUCCUGUAUUUAAUCCUGGAGAGCUGUUGCCAGUCCGUGCAGACAACACUAGGAAACCUGGGGAACCCAGAUACUGGGGAAACCCAGCCAGAUAGGCAGGGUAUAAAUAAUAAAUUAUUAUGAUGAUGAUGGGAGGAACCAAUGGUCUGACUUAGGAUAAGGCAGCUUCCCGUGUUUUAAAACAAUCCUGUUUAAGGUUGCUUUGAAUUAGGAUGAGAAGUCAGGCUCAGUUUCUCGCUGAGAGGCAUUAUUACAUUUCUAAGCAAGGACUGAUGUGUUUCAGCUGCGGCUGGGCCACUUCCUCAACAUGCAAGGUACUUAAAAAAUAAUAAUGUGUGUGUUCAGCACUGUGGGUUUAAAAAAUAAAAAAAGGAAGGAGUAGCUCAGCAGAAAGCUAUGUGGCACUUUAAAGAAAAAACAUUAGCGGCAGCAGAGGCCCACGUCAUCAAAGCCAUCAAAUGUAAUGUAAUUCAUGUAUUGCAGUUGAUUUUAGUCUACAGAAGUACCCCCCACCACGGCAAAAAAAGAAAAGAAAAGAAAGUUAGGGUUGUACCCAGCUACGCCCUACUCAAAGUAGACCUGUUGAAAUGAAUGAGGCAUGUCCAUUAAUUUUGGUAGGUCUACUGGCUAUGGCAAGCCUUUAAGAUGCCAUGAGAUUCUUUUGUUUUAAUAUUUGCUGUUGCUUGCCGGGUGCAUGCUAUAACUUUAAAAGCGUAUUCAAAAGACAUUCUUUCCUUCAGAGAAUUCUGGGCUCUAUAGUCUGCUAAGGAGUUGCUGGGAAUGGUAACUCUGCGGGGUAAACUACAGUGCCCAGAAUUCUUUGCAGGAAGGAAUGCAUUUUGAAUGUGCUUUAAAAGUAUCCAGUGUGUGCACAGCCUAGCGGAGAUUAAGGAUCUGGGAUUUGCACAUUAGAGCAUUUAAUAUGAUGUCACAAGCUCUACGAAAGGUUCGUUUUAAGGGAAGGCAACUCAACUGACUCUUUGGGGUGCCGGUCUUGAGGGGUGCAGGAGAUUGGGCUGUCAUAGGGGUCAGGGUGUGGUGUCUUCUAGACCAGAACUUUCCAUACUUUUCAUGUUGGUGACACACUUUUUAGACAUCAUUUUACGACAUAGUCAUUCAGUUUUACUAGCAAACCGGAGGCUAAACGGAGCCCUUUCCAGCCCCGGGAGGAGCAUGGGGAGCGUUUGUGCGACAUACAGUGGUGCCCCGCAAGACGAAUGCCUUGCAAGACGAAAAACUCGCUAGACGAAAGAGUUUUCCGUUUUUUGAGUCGUUCCGCAAGACGAAUUUCCCUAUGGGCUUGCUUCGCAAGACGAAACGUCUUGCGAGUUCUUGCGAGUUUGUUUCCUUUUUCUUAAAGCCGCUAAGCCGUUAAUAGCCACUAAGCCACUAAUAGCCGUGCUUCGCAAGACGAAAAAACCGCAAGACGAAGAGACUCGCGGAACGGAUUAAUUUUGUCUUGCGAGGCACCACUGUAUCUACAAACUGCAGCCGAACACACUUAACGUAUCAUGACACACAGUUUGGAAAGCUCUGCUCUAGACGUUGAACUACAACUCCCAUCAGCCUUGGCUAUUGACCAUGCCGGCUAGGAGAGAUGGAAGUCCAACAUUAUACAAGGCAGCACUUGGCUCCCCUAGGCCCAACUAUUUGCUCCUAUCUUGAUGUACAACCAGCUCAUCUUGACUUGGAAUAUGUGGCCAGCGUAGCCUUUUCAUGCUUUCUUUUAAAAAUGAGUUAUGGGGAAAUGCAUGGCAUUGGGUGCCCAUGUGCAAGUUCUGUUCUCAGUGCCAACACAUUUGAGUGCUUUUGUAGUGAACAAGCUCUGUAGGGGAAAGCUAGACGCUGACUCGACUCUAUCACAAGCAGAGAUGUGGCAAAAAAUAGCAUGUGUGCUGGAAUAAAAAAGGCAAAAAGUGAUUAAUUUUCAUGCUUCGGGGCAAAAAAAAAGGGGGGGCUACAGGAGACAUUUUUCCCUCUAGGGGGCACUCUGGCCCAAUUGGGUUCUGCUUCCAGAGAGAACUAAGGUUGCACAAAUUUCUGAUAGGUGAGGUAUGCUGGUUUUUUCAGCAUUAAAGUUGGCAGGCCUCUAUUAAACCAAAAGGGAGAAAGUUCCUGCCUUCAGAGAAGCCUGUGUAUAUAUAUAUAUAUAUAUAUAUAUAUAUAUAUAUACACACACACACACACACACACACACGCACACACACACACACACACACACACACACACACACAGAGUGGUACCUCGGGUUACAUACGCUUCAGGUUAGACUCGCUAACCCAGAAAUAGUACCUCUGGUUAAGAACUUUGCUUCAGGAUGAGAACAGAAAUCAUGCUCCGGUGGCAGCAGGAGGCCCCGUUAGCUAAAGUGGUGCUUCAGGUUAAGAACAGUUUCAGGUUAAGAACGGACCUCUGGAACGAAUUAAGUACUUAACCGAUCCAUGCGGGAGGCACGUUCGCAACCCGCAGCGCUGUGUCUGCGCACACGCGGGUUGCGAUUUGGCGUGCAUGUGCAAAGCGCGAUUUAGUGCUUCUGCACAUGCGCAAGCUGAAGCAUGCAAGCACUGAAGCAACCCAUUCCGGUACUUCCGGGUUCGGUGCGGUGUGCAACCUGAAAACGUGCAACCUGAAGCAUCUGUAACCUGAGGUAUGAGUGUGUGUGUGUGUGUGUGUAUUUCUGAGUCAGUUAUUGAUCUGGGUAUUUCUCUCUCAACUGGAGGGAGAUGGGUCCACCAGAACUGUGACUCAUGAAGAGACGCUGUAGGAGUCUCCUAGAGGGCAGUCAAUUAUGUUGUCAGUCUAAUUAAUCAGAUGAUCAUAGAAUUGUAGAGUUGGAAGGGACCCUUAGUUCAACGCCCUGCAAUGCAGGAAUCUCAACUAAAGCAUCCAUGACGGAUGGCCACCCAACCUCUGCUUAGAAACCUCCAAGGAAGGUAAGAGAAUUACUUGCCCCCAGUGGAGGCCGGCUGGAAGGAGAUCAGCAACUCAUGCUUUUUGCAUAUCCAAGCCAGCAAGGAUUUGGCUGACACUGGGGGAACUCAGCCAGCUUGCAGCUCCCUGCUCCCUACAGCUACUAACACUCAGCCAAGCCCAUCGGAAUCUCCAGCAACUCAUGCAGAGAUACAAUGGAGAGACUCCUCUGAGGGUGGAUCAUUCUGCUAGAGACCUGCUUUACCGCUGAGUCACAGCCUUUUCCUGUUUAUUGGAUGUUCUAGCUGAGGCUGAUGGGAGUUGGAAUCCUUCCCUAUAAAUCUGCUCUCCACCUACACACAAACAAGCCUCCAGGAUUGGUAGCGUAGAGAUUUCAUCAUAUUUUGUACCCUAUACGUUUUGUUGUCUGGCAGCUAUGAUUACUUCACUGCCUGGAAGAUGUUGGUCAUAAUUCCCACUGGAGACAGACAAACCAUGCCUUGUAUAAAGUUGUGUAAAGAUUACUCCUUUUUCCAGAAGUUGUUGCUGCUUUUGUCACUGUUUUGUGUAGAGGAGAACUUCUGGGCACAGUUUUACAGGGCAGAGUCUCCUAUAGAUGAAGGAGAGCAAUUGAGACUUUUUUUUUUAAAAAAGCGAUUUUUAUGAAAUACUGAGAAAUAAUCAAACAAUAUACAGAAGUCACCAUCAAAUACUAAGCAUUUUUUAAACAUAGAAACAAAAAUAAAGAAAAGAAGAAGAAACUUUGAAUUCUCUAACAGCUUUAAAAACUCAUGCAAAACUCUCGCGCCACUGGCGAUUUAUUAAAGUGUAUUUGCAAUAUUUGCUUAAUUUACAAACCUGCAAGCUUGAGCCCAGGUGGAGGCAGAACAACUAAGCUCACACCUGAGUUCAGGUGUGAGGAGGCCUUUGGCCAGCUGCCCUCUAGUGGGCUCAUGUGGGAAGGACAGGCAGGAAGGCACACCUGAAAGACACCAACCACACUUGGCUCUGCCAGCAGCAGUCUCUGGUGAUUUUACCUGACUGGAAUGUGUCAUUUGAACUGUGGGGAAAAUCCCUCUUGCUUGCCCAGAGGAAAGAUGGGUAGGGGUGUCUGGCUGCAUUGACUUUUGCCACACUCACAAGCGGCCUGCACUUCCUGAAUCAUCCACAAGCAGGUAUUGGCAAAUACGCCAAUUUCAAUUUCUUGCUUUCCCAUUCUUCAGUUCUCCACAUUUCCAUAUCAGUCUGUGGUUCUUCUUCUUCUUCUACUUCUACUUCCUUUUAAAAAAAGUGCUCAUGAAAAUUCACCAGCAUUUUAGUCCAUUUCCUCCCCCAAAAACCUGCAUUUUUGCAAAGCAAUUUCCCCUAAUACAAUGCAUUUUUGUAUGUUCACCAUUAUGUGCAUUAACUGUAUGCGUUUUUGUAAACGUUACUUGGAUGUGCAUUGCAAAAUUUGGAGAGGUGUGAAUUUCGAAGGAAGGGCGGUGUUUCAGUUCAUCUGUUGUUUUGGAAAGUGUGAAUUAGUGAAGGUUGUCUAUAAAUAUGAACUGCAGGCAAAUUCUGCCCCAUCCCUUCCCAUGAGGGCUGAUGAAGGAGGUUUAUGACUCCUUUCCCUUCCACAACCUUUCCGUGAACCACCUGGUUGGAGCUUACGCCAUUCCUCUGGCCACAGUCAGACAACCUCUUGCAAAGCAAGACUGAACAGAACCCAGCCGAAGAGCCCAGACCUGGUGUUACACCACCCACAGAAUUGUCUCUUAUGAUUCCACUUCCUGCCGGGUCUGUUUCUAGCCUUAUAUGGCGUUUGUCAAAUUGCUCUUCGUCAAGAUGCAGCUGUUUCCUCUUUCCGCCUUCCUUCUCUAAUUAUAAGCACACGCUAUGGAUUCUCGUGGGCGGAAGUCAUUCUGAGCAGGACAACACGGGCUGUAGUCCAACAUGUACUUUACUGGACCGUAAGUCCCACUGAAGAUGGCGAGGGUUUACUUCUGAGUAAACAAGCAUACAAGUGCACUGGAGGGUAGGACUCGAACCCAUGGCUUCAAGUUACAAGAAAGGAGAUUCCGGCUAAACACCAGGAAGAACUUUCUGGUAGUAAGAGCUGUUCGGCAGUGGAACAGUCUCUCUUGGGAGGUGGUGGACUCUCCUUCCUUAGAGGUUUUUAAGCAGGCGUUGAUGGCCAUCAGUCAGGGAUGCUUUUGCUGAGAUCCCUGCAUUGCAGGGGGUUGGACUGGAUGACCCUCGGGGUCCCUUCCAGCUCUACAAUUCUAUGAUUCUACAACCUUCCACCUCCCUUGAGAGCCAGUGUGGUAUAGUGGUUAAGAGCGGUGGACUCGUAAUCUGGUGAACUGGGUUCGCUUCUCCGCCCCUCCACAUGCAGCUGCUGGGUGACCUUGGGCCGGUCACACUUCUCUGAAGUCUCUCAGCCCCACUCACCUCACAGAGUGUUUGUUGUGAGGGAGGAAGGGAAAGGAGAUUGUUAGCCUCUUUGAGACUCCUUAAGGGGAGUGAAAGGUGGGAUAUCAAACUCUUCUUCACCCUCUUCUUCUCCCUUGCUCAAGCCCUUGGUGGACUGCGUCUGAUGAAUCUGUGGUCCAAAACAUCUGGAGAGCAGCAGGUUAGGGAAGGCUGAUGCUAGACCGUAGCUGCUCCUGCCAAUAUGGCUUAAUUAAUACAAUCACCAAAGGAAAUGAAUUGCUGUCCUUGAUUGCCCUGGUGGCCAGUCUGGUGGUCAAGCAGUGGGAACUGGCUGAGUGAAAGUUAAGAGCUGAUGUCGAGGGAGCCCCUUCAAAUCUGUUCUUUCUUUCAAGCCAGCUUCCUGUUUUGAAAGGUUAUCAGAACCGCCUUGUUCCCUUUCAAUAGUCAUUCUGAGCCAAAGGCCGCUGGGUGUAAGACGAAGAGUCUGCCAGGAUUUAAGCAGGAAGGAUUCAGGAACAUACAGUAGUGGGAAAUUUAGGUCUGUGCAAUUAAAGUGGACUUAAGUCCUCUCGUCACUAGGAAGGAAAGGAAAUUUCCAUUUCUCAUUUUUCCAUUCUUAAAUUCAGUUCUUGACAUAUAUACAGCAAGAUGCGAUUUUAUUUUUUUUAAUCGUCAUGAAAACUCACCAGCAGUUUGGUCCAGAUUCCUCCUAGUAAACAGGCAGACCUACCUCACAGGGUUGUUAGGGGGUAAAGAAUAGGGAUGGUAGAGAGGAGACCAUUUAUGUUGCCUUAGGUUCUUGGAGGAAGGGCAGGAUAAGAGAUAAAUACAUUUACAGUGCAAUCUUAUACCUGUUAUAAGCUUUGAGCUCAAAAGGACAUGCAGAAUUAAGCCCUUUUGAGCUCAAAGGGGUUUGGUCCCAGGUAAGGGGCCACAAGACUUGCAGCCAACCUUAACUAUUUUGAAAUAUGUUCCUUAGGAAAAUAUUAACUGUUUUUUCUGUACAGGUUGAGAAGCCAUGGCUUAUCAGAGUUUCCUGCUGGAGCCAAUCAGCUGUCAUGCCUGGAACAAGGACAGAACCCGUAAGCCCUUUUCUUUUGCAUUAUGAUUGUUUAAUUUUAGUAAUCACUUUCCACACAAGCAUCUCAAGGCAAUGUGUUGUAAAAAUAGCAAAAAACCAGAAGCACUGAAACCAGGAAAAAUAUUUUGAAAACAACACGAAACGGGUACCCAUGGCAGAGACUCAUUCAUCCAGCUGGAAAAGUCAGUCAGAACAAAAUGUCCCCAGUUGUUUCCAGAAACAUCUUUUAACUGCUGACCAUGCUGGUUGAGGCUGAUGGUUGUUGCGAGUCCCAACAGCUGGUGGAGGACCACAGGGUCUACACCCUCCUGCUGCAGGGGGAGUGAGUGUUAAUAAUUAUAACAACAACAGCAACAACAAUUUAUUAUUUAUACCCUGCCCAUCUGACUGGGUUUCCCUAGCCACUCUGGGCAUCUCCCAACAGAAUAUUAAAAACACGAUAAAACAUCAAACAUUAAAAACUUCCCUAAACAGGGCUGCCUUCAGAUGUCUUCUAAAAGUCAGAUAGUUGUUUAUUUCCUUGACAUCUGAUGGGAGGGCGUUCCACAGGGCAGGCGCCACUACCGAGAAGGCCCUCUGCCUGGUUCCCUGUAACCUCACUUCUUGCAGUGAGGGAACCCUCAGAAGGCCCUCGGAGCUGGACCUCAGUGUCCGGGCAGAAUGAUGGGGGUGGAGAUGCUCCUUCAGGUAUACUGGGCCGAGGCCGUUUUAAAGGUCAGCACCAACACUUUGAAUUGUGCUCAGAAAUGUACUGGGAGCCAAUGUAGAUCUUUCAGGACCAGUGUUAUGUGUUCUCAGCUGCCGCUCCCAGUCACCAGUCUAGCUGCAGCAUUCUGGAUUAGUUGUAGUUUUCGGGUCACCUUCAAAGGUAGCCCCAUGUAGAGCACAUUGCAGUAAUCCAAGUGGGAGAUAACCAGAGCAUGCACCACUCUGGCGAGACAGUCUGCAGGCAGGUGGGGUCUCAGCCUGCGUAUCAGAUGGAGCUGGAAGACAGCUGCCCUGGACACUGAAUUGACCUGCUAACUGGGAGCUACCUGGAUUACUGGUUCUUGCAGCAAAUCUGGUCCUCGGUUGGGAGCAACUGCAAGAGAAGAGAAUGCGAGCGAUUGCCUAUGGCAUGAAUAGAUGUGGGAGGGUGGGGGAGGGAGAGAAUACAGCCAUUGUUUGUGGGUCAGCAGAAUGCCCUGGCGGAUUGCGGCCAGCAGGACUUCCUGCUCCCCAGCUGUAGGGUUUUGAAAGAACUGCUGCGAUUUGCAUGAUUGUCCCCAGGAAUAUAAACAUAACAACACUUGAAGCAUAUUUAAACCACAUGGCUUCCGCCUAGACAUUCCUGGGAACCAAAGCUUAACCUUUCCUGAGACACCAUUCCCAGCACCUUUAGCAAAUGACAGUUCCCACAAUUCCCACAAUGGGGGGAAGCCAUGUGCUUUAAACAUGUGGUGUGUUACGCAGCCUCUCCUUUCCAGAGAAGGGGAGGUGGGAAGAGAAAAGAGGCUCUCGGGUACUUGGGAAGAGGCUGUAGAGUACUCAAGUGAAGAUGUUGCUCUCUACCUUUUCCUAGGGCUAGUUCACAUGAGCAGAUGCAUCCCUUGAAAUCAUGGCCCAUUUGCAAAUCAAAACCACAUGUUUUGUAGCAGCGUCAGGAGCUAAAUAACUUUGGAAGAGCUGGAAGGGACCUAAGAGCUCAGGGCAAAAGUCCUUCCUGACCAUUUGUGACUGGUGUCUUGGGCACACCCCCAAAACCCCCAAAUGUGCCCUCAGCCUCCGAAAGCUUGGCAGAACUCGAAAUACGCAAUAUGUGCACAAACUCUUCCCCGCCUUCUGUUCCACAGAACUUGCCAUCUGUCCCAACAACCACGAAGUUCACAUCUACAAGAAAGAUGGGACAAAGUGGAGCAAAGUCCAUGAGCUGAAGGAGCACAACGGGCAGGUGACAGGUGAGGACCUUUCGAUUCCUCUUCUGGUGUGCGAAACGGCACACACACAACCUUCUAAAGAGCCAUAACCCCUGUAAGGCCAUUAUGCCUAACAUUACCUAACGGUUCCGUUGCCUUCUUUAAAAAAACAAAACACUGUUUAUUUGUUGAUGAAUCCACCCUUAAAUUCAGCAGCCCUUGUAAUCGAGGCCUGCCUUGUGGUCCUCUGAUCUAUGGUGUCCUUUGCAGGCAUUGACUGGGCCCCCGACAGCAACCGCAUAGUGACCUGCGGGACAGACCGUAACGCUUACGUGUGGACCCUGAAGGGCAACGUGUGGAAGCCGACAUUGGUCAUUCUGCGGAUCAACCGCGCUGCUCGCUGCGUUAAGUGGUCUCCCAAAGAGAACAAGUUUGCGGUCGGCAGCGGCUCAAGGCUCAUCUCCAUCUGCUACUUUGAGCAAGAGAAUGACUGGUGAGUCUCGCCAAGGAGCAGAGGAGGAGGAGGAAUAAUAAUAAUAAUAAUUAAUUAUUAUUUAUACCCCGCCCAUCUGAAGAAGAAUAGAAUCAUAGAAUUGUAGAGUUAGGAGGGAGGGUAACCUAGUCCAAGCACCCCUGCAAUGCAGGAAUCUCAAUCCAUUAUAAAUGGAUUUAUAUAUGGAAUUUGGUGGCCCUGACCCAAUCGAGCUUUGCCUGCGUUGGACCCCUUCCUGCAUUGAGCAUGAACUGCUCAAAGCCUCAGCUGCUUCUUCACUUAUUUUUGUUUUUCAUAAGAAAGGCUUGCUUACUUGCUUGCUAUGAUUACUGUCUUGUCCCUCAUAUUUGCUGUCUCUCCUAGGUGGGUUUGUAAACAUAUCAAGAAGCCCAUUCGAUCGACAAUCCUUAGCCUUGACUGGCACCCUAACAACGUUCUCUUGGCGGCUGGAUCCUGUGAUUUCAAAUGCAGGUGAGGCAAAUAUCCUGGAUCGCAUCCAACGUGUGACUUCAGGAUGUGUUUGGGGUGGGGGGAGGGGAGGCCUGUUGGACAGUCUCCCGUCCAGGCCUUGACCGGAUCUGCUCCUUGCUUAGCUUUGAUAGACCCUCCAGUAACAUGCUUUCCCCCUCCGUCCCUCCCUCCCACCUCUCCUCUCCCUCCUGCCCUGUAGGAUUUUCUCUGCUUACAUCAAAGAGGUUGAGGAGCGGCCCUCGCCAACCCCCUGGGGAUCCAAGAUGCCGUUUGGAGAGCUCAUGUUUGAGUCGGGCAGCAGCUGCGGCUGGGUCCACAGCAUCUGCUUCUCUGGGAGUGGCAGCCGCGUGGCAUGGGUGAGCCACGACAGCACCAUCUGCCUUGCGGAUGCCAACAAGAAGAUGGCGUAAGUUGGGCUAUUGGGUGGGGGUUCAGAGUUUCCCAUGAACUGGCCUGGCCCAGCUGGCUGCAGGGACUUUGCUUCCUUGGGAUGAGUUGAUCCCGAGACUCUGAGCAGAUCCGCUCCAUGCUCGUUCAGCCCCUGUGUAAACCCACACGACUUCCCUCAAAGAGUUCUGGGCUCUGUAGCUUACUAAGUGUGCUGCGAAUGGUAAUAAUAAUUUAUUAUUUGUACCCUGCCCAUCUGGCUGGGUUUCCCCAGCCACUCUGGGCGGCUUCCAACAGAAUAUUAAAAUAAAAUAGUCUGUUAAACAUUAAAAGCUUCCCUAAACAGAGCUGCCUUCAGAUGUCUUCUAAAAAUCUGGUAGUUAUUUUUCUCUUUGACAUCUGGUGGGAGGGGGUUCCACUACCGAGAAGGCCUGGUUCCCUGUAACUUGGCUUCUCACAGUGAGGGAACCACCAGAAGGCCCUCGGAGCUGGACCUCAGUGUCCGGGCAGAACGAUGGAGGUGGAGACACUCCUUCAGGUAUACUGUACCGAGGCCUUUUAGGGCUUUAAAGGUCAGCUCCUUGACAAAUCUGAACCAAAAACAAACACAUACAAAGUCUCUAUUUAGAUCUCUGUGUCUCCCUUAUAGCUCAGUGCUAUAUUGUCCAGUUUCUUCUUUCUGAUCUUUUUGGCUGCCAAAAGAGAAAAAAAUGGUGACUUCAUUGAGUCACUGAAAUGGUUACCUUCUCUGCUGGGGAGAUGUAUCUUUCCUGUAUGGGCGGUAGAGUGAGAAAUCACCUCCUGGGUCCAGUGUAUUGUGGGCAAAAUGGGAAUGGUAGCUGUGGGAGGGGAAAAACUCCUAGGGUGAGGUCAUGCACAUUGAAUGGGUCUUAAAUUAGUGGUGUCGUCUGCCCCCAAUGGAAAUGUGAUGCUUCAAACAAGGCAGAGGUUCAGGGUGGAGGCAGGACCCUGGACAGCGCCUGAGAGCUCAAACAGUGGUUGAGAAAAGCUCAAACGUUGCUUCAGCCACAGACUGUCCAUCAGCGUGGUUCCCUCUUCCUCUAGGGAGAGAAGUCUCUUCAGUUAGAGGGUCCUUAGUCUGCUUCAGCAGUCGUUGACUCCAAUGGACUGAGGGAAAGCAUUGCUCCACUGGGAUUUCUGGGUUGUUGACCUCCGAGUAAGAGGAGGGCAGCUUGGCCUAUUCAGGUUGGAGAGGUGUUGACAGAACAAUUGCCUCUUACACCAGAACUUCUAGGCAUGCCAGGGGCUGGCUCCAAGGUCAAUUUCCUCUUCUGUCCCUCCUCCAAACCCACAGCCUCAUCUCCCAACGAUAGGGAGUGGGAACCCAGAACAUGGGCUGAAUUUUGUGGUAGGCCCAGCCACUAAGGGGCUGUAAAGCAGCUAAUCUGUGCUAACCACCCUUGCCUCAUCCUUCCCUUCAGUGUGGCCUGCCUGUCCACGGAAACUCUGCCUCUCCUGGCUGUGACGUUCAUCACUGAGAACAGCCUGGUGGCCGCGGUAAGUCAUGUACCAUAACUCUUUCCAAGUGUUUAUUUGCCCAGUGAAGAUUCGGGCCCCAUUCCUAUGUGGAGCAAUGGUAUGUGGUAUAGUCCUGCCUGGACCGUGUCAUUACAGUCCGCAAGUGGGCAAUUGCAUUCUUCGAACCAGUGCUUUUUUUCUAAUAAAAUGUUUAGGGGUACUUUCAUUUUCCAACUCCUAUUGAAAUACUGCCCCUCAAUGAGGCCAAACUUAGAUUCACAAAAUGUUUAAGGGUAUGCAUACCUCUGCGUACCCCCAGAAAAAAAGCACUGCUUACAGCCAACACACAAGCGCAUCCACUAAUCUUUGUAAGAUAUUUAUUGAGAUUUUCCAAAUGUUACAAUAUAAAAAUGACAGAAAAGGAAAAAAAAGAAAAAAUACAAAAUACAAAAUAAAAAUGAUUAAAAACCACUCAAUUUUUCCAUUACUUAUUUUUCCUUAGCUUGUUUCCCGGACCUCCUCAUACCUCCCUUUUUUGUAUUCCAGUUCAAUUUGUUGGUUCAGCAAAUCCUUACCCUCUUAGUUUAUCCUAAUCUUUGGUCUUAAAAUAGUAACGUUAGAUUUUUACCUAUUAACAACCCAUUUUUCAUAUUCCCUUAAAGCAUUACAGCUGGAAACCACUUAAUUUCUAUCCAACAUCAUUCUAACAUUCAUUAAUUUUACAAUAUUUCUGUAGAUAGUCUUUGAAUUUCUUCCAGUCUUCUUCCACCGACUCUUCUCCCUGGUCUCGGAUUCUGCCAGUCAUUUCUGCCAGUUCCAUAUAGUCCAUCAGCUUCAUCUGCCAUUCUUCCAGAGUGGGUAGAUCUUGUGUCUUCCAAUACUUUGCAAUGAGUAUUCUUGCUGCUGUUGUGGCAUACAUAAAAAAGGUUCUAUCCUUCUUUGGCACCAAUUGGCCGACUAUGCCUAGGAGAAAGGCCUCUGGUUUCUUCAAAAGGUAUAUUUAAAUACCUUUUCAAUUCAUUAUAUAUCAUCUCCCAGAAAGCCUUAAUCCUUGGGCACGUCCACCAAAGGUGAAAGAAUGUACCUUCAGUUUCUUUACAUUUCCAGCAUUUAUUAUCGGGCAAAUGAUAAAUUUUUGCAAGCUUGACUGGGGUCAUGUACCACCUGUAUAUCAUUUUCAUAAUAUUCUCUCUUAAGGCAUUACAUGCCGUAAACUUCAUACCUGUGGUCCAUAACUGUUCCCAGUCAGCCAUCAUUAUGUUAUGUCCAACAUCUUGUGCCCAUUUAAUCGUAGCAGGUUUCACCGUUUCAUCCUGAGUAUUCCAUUUCAACAGCAAGUUAUACAUUUUUGACAAAAUCUUAGUUUUGGGUUCUAACAGUUCUGUUUCUAAUUUUGAUUUUUCCACCUGGAAGCCAAUUUUCUUGUCCAAAUUGUAUGCCUCCAUUAUCUGAUAAUAAUGAAGCCAGUCUCGCACUUUGUUUUUAAUUUCUCAAAACUCUGCAAUUUCAGUCUAUCUCCAUCUUGUUCCAGAAUUUCCCAAUAUUUCGGCCAUUUGGCCUCCAUAUUGAGCUUUUUCAGAGCUUUUGCUUCCAUCGGUGACAGCCACCUUGGGGUUUUAUUUUCCAAUAAGUCCUUGUAUCUUAUCCAGACAUUAAACAAUGCUUUCCUGACAAUAUGGUUCUUAAAUGCUUUAUGUGCUUUGACCUUAUCAUACCACAGAUAUGCAUGCCAUCCAAAUACAUUGUUAAAACCUUCUAUAUCCAAAAUGUCAGUGUUUUCAAGAAGCAACCAUUCUUUCAACCAGCAAAAAGCUGCUGAUUCAUAGUAAAGUUUAAAGUCUGGCAGGGCAAAUCCACCUCUUUCCUUUGCAUCUGUUAAUAUUUUAAAUUUUAUUCUAGGCUUCUUGCGCUGCCAGACAAAUCUAGAAAUAUCUCUCUGCCACCUCUUGAAACAGUCCAUUUUGUCCACAAUUUGCAAUGUUUGAAACAAAAACAACAUUCUAGGCAAUACAUUCAUUUUUACCGCAGCAAUACAGCCCAGUAGUGAAAGCUUCAAAUUUGACCAAAUUUCUAAAUCUUUUUUCACUUCAGCCCAGCAUUUUUCAUAGUUGUCUUUAAAUAAAUUCCCAUUUUUUGCUGUCAUGUUAAUCCCCAAGUAUUUAACUUUCUUAACCACUGUUAAACCUGUCUCAUUCUGAAAUCUCUCUCUCUCCAUUGGUGUUAAAUUUUUCUCUAGAACCUUGGUCUUUAACUUAUUCAAUUUAAAUCCUGCAACUUGACCAGAUUCUUGAAUCACUUCUAAAACUCUUUUGGUACUAGAUUCUGGCUCCUGUAACGUCAAUACUAAGUCAUCUGCAAAUGCUCUCAAUUUGUACUGUUUGGCUCCGACCUGUAUACCUUUAACCAACCUUCUAAUCAUAUUCAGCAGAACCUCCAGGACCGAUAUAAAAAGCAAUGGGGAAAUUGGGCAACCAUAUUUUUAUUGGAACGAUACAGAGAAGAAUAGCAUGGCCCCUGCGCAUCCACUAAUCUUUGUAGUGACAGUAUUAUGACCUCUAGCGGUGCAGUUGGGCAAUUUUAGACUCUUAACUUGAAUUCUCUUAACGCUGCUGCCCUGGCCUCUUUAGAUGGUAAUAAUGUUUGUCCCUUCACUUAACUUCAAAAUAUUGUCAGCCAUGCCUGGUGUAUUUGGAACCCUUCAUACUCAUUCUGCAGAUUUCACCUCUGUUUAUCCUCGGGCUCAAUUUCCUUCCUUGUCUUCUGUUGCUCCCCCUUGCGGUGUUAUCCAGAUUGUAAGCCUCUUGGGGCCAGGGACUUGCUCUAUUCUGUUCCUUGCAAAGUGGCAUGUAUAGAUACAGUGGUAUCUCGGGUUAAGAACUUAAUACGUUCUGGAGAUCUGUUCUUAACCUGAAACUGUUCUUAACCUGAGGUACCACUUUAGUUAAUGGGGCCUCCUGCUGCCACUGCGCCGCCACCACACGAUUUCUGUUCUCAUCCUGAAGCAAAGUUCUUAACCCGAGGUACUAUUUCUGGGUUAGUGGAGUCUGUAACCUGAAGUGUCUGUAACCUGAAGCAUCUGUAACCCUAGGUACCGCUGUAAUCUCAUAAUUAUCAUAUAUUUUUAUUAGUGGCCUACCUUACAGGGCUGUUGUGGGAGGAAUAUUGAGAGCGCUUUGGACCCUUGGGAGUGGACGUUGCUGAUGAAAAGCCUCAAAGGCCCUGACCUCUGCUUGCCUCCCCCCAGGGCCACGACUGCUGUCCAAUGCUGUUCACCUAUGACGAGCAGCAGGGCACGCUGAGUUUCGGGGGGAAGCUGGACAUCCCCAAGCAGGGCGCCCAGCGUGGCCUCACGGCUCGCGAGCGCUUCCAGAACCUGGAUAAGAAAGCCAGCUCUGAUACCACCAGCAAUGCCACUCUGGACACCCUCCACAAGAACAGCAUCAGGUAAGUUCUUCCGUGGGCUCUGCCCCUCUGCAAAUUAAACAAGAUAACAUUGCAGAACCGCAGCUGCAGGCGUGCAAGACCAGAUCCAGCCUGAUCUAAGAGACCCGCCAGCAGCUGCAGGGAAAAGACUGCCCCAGCUCCCCUGUGCUGAGACUUCGGAAAGCCGUGACCAGUCAAAUGACACUGGGAUACAUGGACUGGCUCAGUAUAAGGCAGCUCCGUACAUUCAAUGGAAGGGUCAUCCUUCCCCAGUUCUUGUUGAGAUCCUCUCUGAAUUCACCAGGCAAUGGGGCAGAUCUGCUAUGAAAGAAUGAAGCUCAAACUUCAGGGCCUCUCGUCCUGGAGCCACAUGGCUGCAAAAUUCUAGGGCAACUAAACCAAAUUUGAGUCGCACAUCUCCAAUUGAUUCAUGUUUUGUUGUCUACGUUUCAACAACCCCAAAGUUUUGGAGUUGGUAGCUCAGGUGUUGUAAAGGUGUGGUGAUCUGUCAUGGAACAACCCCAUUCAAGAAGGUAAUGGUGGCUACCCAGACCUUGUUGCUGGUUGCCAAGGGGGCCCCAUAACUCUUCAAGCUUCAGGGCCCCCAAAAUGUUGGUCCGCCACUAGACAUAAACUGCUUGAAUCCUGGGAGGACAGAGGUUGGGUAGAUUGCAUGUUUGGGAGGCAGGCAAUUUACCUGCUCUAGAUGGAGUCUAGAAGGAGCAAGUGCAUGUAUUGGAGGUCUCCAAGAUACAUCUUUGACACCAGAGGGCAUUCCUCUAUGGCUAGCAGUGCCUUUUACCAGCUUUGUCUGGUUCUCCAGCUACUGCUGUUCCUGGACAGGGAUAGCCUGACCACCUUAGUCCAUGCACUGGCAAACUUGAGGCUGGAUUACUGUAAUGUGGGGCUGACCUUGGACCUGGUGCAUAAGCUCUAGGUGGUGCAAAUGCGUCAGCCAGACUGCUGGAGGGGACAUCUGGCCCAGCAGCAUGUGACACCUGGCUACCCAUUUACUACCAAGCCAGGUUCAAGGUCCUUGUAUUAAUUUACAAAGCCCUGAAGAACUGAGGUCCAGGGAACCCCAGGGACCACCUGAACCCUGACAUCCCAGCUCCAUCACUUAAAACGCCUUCAGGAGCAUCGUUGGUUGGUUCCCCAAGUUGGCGAGGCUCAUCUGACAACAAGAAACUAAGAUCCUUCAGGGUCAUUGGCCCAGUCCUGUGGAACUUUCUGCCAAUAGAAUUGGCAGGUGCUUUCUGUUUCAACUUUCAGCUGCCUGCUGAAAACUUUGUAGGCAAUAAAAAAAUGCACCUUCCCACUAUACAGUCGUACCUUGGAUCUCGAACGGAAUCCGUUCCGGAAGUCCGUUCGACUUCCGAAAAUGUUUGACAACCAAGGUGCAGCUUCCGAUUGGCUGCAGAAGCUUCCUGCCCCCAAUUGGAAGCCGUGUCAGCUGCGUUGGACAUUCGGCUUCCAAAAAAUGUUUGCAAACCGGAACACUCACUUCUGGUUUGCGGUAUUUGGGGGCCAAAAUGUUCGAGUCACAAGGUGUUCAAGAACCAGGGUAUGACUGUAUUGUUAGCCAAAUUUCUGAAUUUCCUGAUGUAAGCCAGGCCCGUACCUCGGGAAAAGACCCUACCUCAUCCAGGUCACUAUCUUGGCUGAGCUGGGCUGUGGUUCAGUGGUAAAAAAUCCUCUUUGCAUGCAGAAGGAAGGCCCCAAUCCUUGGCAUCUCCCAAGUAGGGCAGGGGGAAAUCCCUGUCUUGAGUCCCUGGAGAGACAAAAGAUGUGACUCUGUUCAAAGCAAGUUUUCAUGUUCACCUCUUUGGGGGCAGAAUUUCCUAAUGGGGGCAUGCUAUGGUGGAAAAGGCCCCACCCUUAGAACUAUCCCCUGCCUUUGGUCUGACAACCCUUCGUCCUCUGUAAAAAAAAGGUAAAGGACCCCUGAUAGUUAAGUCCAGUUGUAGACGACUCUGGGGUUGCGAUGCUCAUCUCGCUUUACAGGCCAAGGGUGCUGGCGUUUGUCCGCAGACAGUUUUUCUGGGUCAUGUGGCCAGCAUGACUAAGCUGCUUCUGGUGCAACCGAACACCGAAACCAGAGCAGCACACGGAAACGCCGUUUACCUUCCCACCGGAGCGGUACCUAUUUAUCUACUUGCACUUUUGGGUGUGCUUUUGAAUUGCUAGGUUGGCAAUCAUCCUCUGUAGUCCCGUACAAUUUCCCCUCUGCUUUGAGCAGUCCUAGUUUGGCAAUUAACACCCACAGUUGUCUUGUCUUCCCUUUCAGCCAAAUAUCUGUGAUUGCUGGUGGGAAAGGCAGCUGCUCCAAGUUCUGCACCACAGGAAUGGACGGAGGAAUGAGCCUAUGGGACAUCAAAGUAAGCAAAAAAAGGCUGGGUGGGGAAGAUGCAGUUUUUGCCCUAAUAGACUAGUGGUCACACCAUUUGCAUUUAGUAUGUGAAGAUGCUCACUAAGGGGUUGCGCCAGAGGAAGACUUUGGAUGGUCACUACAAAAAGCAUCACCUCCUAAUGGCAAGGAUGGGAAAUUGUUUCUUAAGCCUGAGGGGCCACAUUCCCUUCUGGGCAACCUUCUCAGGGCCACAUGCAGCUCAGACCUUGUGUCCCUCAGACCUUGUGGGGGGCUGGACUAUAUUUUGAAAAAUAAAAUAAAAUGAACGAUUUCCUGUGCCCCAAAAUAACCCAGAGAUGCAUUUUAAAUAAAAGGACACAUUCUGCUCAUGUCAAAACACGCUGUUUCCCAGACCGUCUGCAGGCCGGAUUUAGAAGGCGAUUGGGCUGGAUCUGGCCCCCGGGCCUUAGUUUGCUUACCCGUGGUCAGGAAUAACUUUCUGAGAGUAAGAGCUGCUUGACAGUGGGAACGGGCUCCCUCAAGUGGUGGUGGACUCUGGAGUUUUUAAGCAGAGGUUGGAUAGCCACCUGUCACGGAUGCUUGGGUUGAAAUUCCUGCAUUGCAGGGGGUUGGACUAGAUGACCCCUGGGGCUUGGGGAGAAAGUCUCAAGGUCCACAAAGGGAUACAUUCAGCUCCUGCACCUGAGGUUUCCCACCCCUGCUCUCUGGAAACAGCCCUUAAGAGGUUUUAUUAAAUGGACCCAUGCCCAACUCUUUAACUUCCUUUGGGAUUGCUUCUUUUUUAAUUUGGCAAAGUCUUUAAGAAAUACACUUUCUGCAAUCUGAAGCCAUGAGACAUACACAAUGUAUGCUCCCAUUGCAACGUGAUAUAUCAUGCCUGGGAUCAAGCUAUUAUUUUCAGCACGUCCCCAGGGCUUGAAUACACCCUGUAGGAUUUGUCUCCACUGCAAGCUGCUGAGGUUGUCAGGUUUCAGGCUUUGGCCUGGCCUUGCAUUAGUCAGAGGGAAGCAGCUGGUUUGGGGGGUCACGAAAAGGCACCAAAUGGUUUCAGUUGUUACUGCUGGCAUUUGUACUGCCAAGUGUGUGGGAUUUUCUACAUCUGGGGUCUCUGGGUUGCGCCCAAUGUUUUGUUUUGUAUUUUUUUUUUAAAAAAAAAAUUAAGCAAAUUUAGCAAAUCAAAUUAUAAAUCAAAUAUAACCAAUUACAUUUCCCACCCCCUCCCUCUCCCACCCUCCAAAGACUUCCCUCAGCACCCCUCUCUGAUUUGUUCAUACAUAUUAUUCUCUGCAUGUUAUAAAGUUGUACAUAUCAUUAUCUUAUCUAUCCUAUGUUCUACUAAUAAAUUUGUGGAUGUUUAUUCAAAACCUGCCAAGAAAUCAAAAUCCUUCUGUUGUCUUUUUAAGUAGUUUGUAAAUAGUUCCUAUUCUUCCUUAAAGUCACGGUUAUCCUUCUCACGCAGUUUGUGUGUUAACUUUGCCAUCUCCGCAUAACCCAAUAUUAGUCCUGCUUCAAGCAGACUCAUUGAAACGGACAUGACUGUUGCUGCUCCAUUAAUUUCAGUGGGUCUACUCUUGAGGCCCUACCUGCACUAUAAAGCAGUAUCAUACCACUUUUAACGCAGUCUUCCUGCUCUUGGAACGAUUCCUCUCCUGUCCGAUGACCCUUUGCCCAUUGCAUUGGGCAUCCAUGCCCCGGGAGCCCUGACCAAAACUCUGGACAGCUGCUAUCCUUCAGCACAACAGUGAAAAACAUGGCACACCUUAGGAUAAGGCAGCUUCCAACGUCCCAUGUUUAAAACUAAGAGAAAAUAAUAUUUGGACCAAAAUCAGCAGUUGCAGUUUUUGAAUUCUGGAUGUUGUUGUUGUUGUAUUGCCCUUUAUCCGUAGAUCUCAGGGCGGUUCACGACAUAAACAUACAAGAUAAAAAAUGCAAAGAACAAAACAAAACCAAUCGCCCCCUCCCACAACACAUUAAAAAGGGCAUCAGAUAUCAGCAAGCCAAAGGCCCAAUUGAAGAGGGUUGUUUUCACCUGACGCCUAAAGGUUUAUAAUGAAGGCGCCAGGCAAGCUUCCCUGGGGAGAGCAUUCCACAGACAGGGAGCCACUGCAGAGAAGGCCCAUUUUCUUGUUGCCAAAUCUCUCAUGGAGGGGGCACACAAAGAAGGGCCUCAGAGGUUCGGUUCAUAUGGAGAGACGGUCCUUGAGGUAUUGCAGUCCUGAGCAAUACUUUGUGAAUAUUUUCCAUUCACAAGGAAAAUAGCCCUGGAGCAGGUGUUUCAGUGGCUCUGUUUGGCCCAUUUCUGGGUGUUUUGACAAUCUGUUAAUGACUUUUUAGGUUUUCCUCACCCAGAAUGCCAUUUUUCUUCUGACAAACCUGCGUUUUCAUUUCAGAGCUUGGAGUCUGCUAUGAAGGGCCUGCGGAUCAAGUAAAAAAGGACUGAAGAAUUAUUCAUCUCAGCAGCGCUUCCGUCUCACUGGAGUCUGGGGGGGGGGGGCAGGGCAGAAGACCCCCGACUACCAGCUUUUGCUUCCCUACCCGAUGCAACCUGCUUCAUUCCUGCAAUCCCGCAUACCUAAGAUGACAAUCCCACCAGCUACAAAUUGGGCAGAUUUUCUGUGUCGCCAGUGGAAAACAGGUUGAUAACUGUUAACAGUGUUCAAUAAAGAGAUGCUGGUCACAAUUAACAUAGCAAAACUUCCAUCUCCUCCUCUCCUACCACCAGGAGAGACCAUCAGCACAACUCUUAACUAUGUCCAAUCCUACUGAAUGGUUAUUUUAUCUUUAGCAAAGAUUUCCACCCAUUUUCUGGGGACAGACAUUAAACUAACCAGCCUGUAAUUUCCAGGAUUGUCCCUGGAGCCCCUUUUUAAAAUUGUGUGUUACAUUUACUGCUUUCCAGUCCUCAUGCAUGGAGGUUGAGAUGAAGGACAAACUGCCUAUUUUUGUUAGCUCAGCAGUUUCGCAUUUGAAUUUUUUAAGAACUCUUGGGUGACUGCCAUCCGAACCUGGUGACUGAUCACUUAUCCCCUGCCCCCCGUUGGGCCUAGAUUAUCUCUCCCUGCCACAAUCUGCCCUUGUUCCCCAGGCCACUGGGAUCUGCCUCAUCUUUUCUGUUGUAAAGACAGAUGCCAAUAAGUCAUUCAGCUUCGCUGUAGCAGUCUCCUCUUCCCUUGUCACGCCUUUGACUCCCUUGUCACCCAAAGGUGCAGCUGCCUCCCUAGAUGGCUUCCUGUUACGAAUAUAGUUAAGAACUUGCUGUUGUUGGUCUUAAGUGUUUUCAGGAGGGCUAGUAUGGCGCUGCUGACUUGAUGUCCAAUACUAGUCCUACUUAAGAGUGGAUCCAUUGAAAUUGGCCUCAACAGGUCCAAUAAUUUCAGUGGGUUUACUCCCAAGUAGAACAACCCCAUCUUUUUCCUGGGGUAGUUUUCUGUCUGCAGAUAUGUUUUUAUGGAGAGGGUUUCUCAGAACUGGACCACUGCCACAGUUUGAAGCAGCGCAGGCCCAAUUUGAAUAGACUAGGCAAAGAGUGGGGGACACAGUUGGCUCCUUUGUUCCCAGCAGCCCCAGCUUGCAUGAGCCACAGUGGUUUCUGCAGGCCCAUGUCCUGCCUCACUGAAGGCUUUGGAACUCAUUCCUCAGCGCCAGCAGGGCAGGCCAGCCAAAGUCGCUUCUACAGAAGACAAGGCACGGAAGGCGUUGUACGAUAAUUUAAACUUUAUUCAGCCAAAUAUACAAGUUUUGCUUCCAAUUUGCACCUGUUCCAACAUGUUGCACAAUCAAGAAAAGAGUUCUCUGGUUUUGCAGGGAUGUGUUUUGUUUUCGCAGUUAAAAAGUCACUAUCAGAGGAGAAGGGAAGAAAUUAAGGAUGGCUUCUUUUUAAAAAAAUAAAAAUGGGGAGAGAGAAGGGUAGAAAGUGGAAAUAAAAAGACCAAAACAGCCACAC